CAAAUAACGUCUUGCUCACGUAGCAGCCCAUCGCUACACUUAUACAUUAUGCGUCAAUGUGACAAAUUUUAGUUUGUAAAAUGGCAUUAUUGUUUCGCAUCAAUGUAAUUUCCAAGAAGCUUUCCAGCCUUUGCCGUUUAUAUACCCAAACAUUUGAUAAACAAGUUAUUCUAGCCCCAUUCGCUUGUCGACAGCGAAAUAUAUUCACAAACAGUUGCAGCAUUUACUUUUCCAAAAAGAAAGUGGACGAGGUCAAGGCACCCAAAUGUCCCGAUUUCGAACAAUUUUUUACCAAAGUGAAAAAAGGUCAAGUUAACAAAAAUGAUGGAGAGCAAUUAGGUAACAGCGGUGGCGACAAACGGAAAUCACCUUUCAUUCAACCACCGAUUUUUGACGACAAAAGAAAGGUUGGACCACCACUACGAUCUGCUAUUGAGAAGAAGGCUUUACCAAUACUACCAACGCAAACGAGUGACGCCGAAGACAAGCCUCCACCAAAUGUUCAAAAUAAAAAUGAGUUGAAACCUAGGACCUCGGAUGACAAAGUGAAACAACCUGAUAGACCACAAGCAUCGGAGAAAAAGUUCUCUUCGGCAAAGACUUUAGAUGAAUUUAAACAGUUUGCAUUGAUGCCGCAAUCCUGGGGUCCUAAAACCCCUGCAGUAGAAUCAAAUCCAUCACAACAAAAUAAAAUCGUUCCUCCUCAACAAUCGCAAGCUAUCGAGGACAGCAAAGAAAAACUUAGUAAGACGAGUAAGCCGCCAACCGAUGGAGACAACAAUAAGUAUGCAAGAAAAUACGUUUGGGUAGCUGCAGCUGCUGCUCUACUUGGAACGACUUUGUUUUUUUCUACGAAGAAAUCAAAUCCAGAUAAACCUUCGAUCAAGAUCAACGAAGAUGAAGCCGUACCUAUCAGAGUUGUGACAACUGAAGUCGAGGGUCCCUUACAGAUUCCAAAUAAAGUUCCCUACUUGAUAAUUGGAGGAGGAGCCGCAAGCUGGUCUGCAUUCAAAGCUAUCAAAGAACAUGUCCCCAAGGCCAAGGUACUUGUUGUUUCAAACGAAAAGCACCCGCCAUAUAAGCGCCCACCAUUGUCGAAAGACCUUUGGUCUUCUGGAACCAAUUUAAAUGAAAUUGACCAACAAAUUUACUUGGAACCUGCGGAUUUCUAUAUAGAUCCAAUGCAGUUGUUGAACGAAGAGAAUGGUGGAAUAUCCAUUGUCACGAAUCGUACAGCUAAGAAUCUGAAUUUAUGUGAAAGAAAGGUGGUCCUAACUGACGGCACAGAAAUCGAAUACGAGGAAUGUUUGUUGGCCAUUGGUUCGAAACCGCGGAAUUUACUAGUUUUCCAGACUGCACCACUUCGAAUCCGGAAUAAAAUCAGUUUUUUUAGAAAUUUGAACGAUUUUCAGUCCGCCAAGGAAAUUUUAAGUGAAUCGGAAUCGAUUGCUGUAAUUGGUGGCGGAUUCCUCGCCAGUGAAAUUUCAUUCGCUUUGUCGACAUACGCCAACAGCAAGAAGCUGAACGUGAAGAUAUAUCAAUUAUUUCAUGAAAAUGCAAACAUGGACAUGACUUUACCACAAUGUUUAAGCGAUUGGACGACGAACAAACUGACCGACUAUGGGCUGUCUAUAAUGCCGAACACGCAAGUGCACAGUGUGCAUAUGGAAAAUUCGAAACUAAAACUGAGUUUACUGAGUGGCCAGGUGCUUGUGGUUGAUCAUGUCAUUGUAGCCAUGGGAUCUCAACCAGAUUACACAUUCAUCCAAAUGUCAGGACUAAAGUUAGCUAGCCAAGACUGUGGUAUCGCUGUGAAUAGGAGACUCGAAGCAUUGCCUCAUUUAUAUGUGGCUGGAGAUGCUGCCUGUUUACCAGGGUAUUUGGGUAAAGAAACCGAGACAAGCUACGAUCAUGCAAUAGCGACCGGUCGGAUAGCUGGCGAAAAUAUGACUGGGCAAAAAAAAUCCUUUGCUCACCAAAGUAUGUUCUCAUCGAAUGUGGCACCAAAAAUGUCAUUCCAAAGCAUAGGACGUAUAGACUCAGAACUGGCAACAGUUGGAGUGUUUUCCUCUCCCCCAGACAAUGUCACCGAUGGCAUCGAUGGUGUCUCCAGAGGUGUAGUAUUUUACAUGAAAAACGAUCGUGUGGUGGGAAUUCUGUUGUGGAAUGUUCUCAAUAAAAUUAAUGUAGCGCGACAGGUAAUUGCCGAGGGAAGGACGUUGUACGAUCUGAAUGAAGUAGCAAAACGUUUUCAAAUUGACGAAACUGAAUCAAUUAUUUAAAAAUUGUCCGUUUUACACCACAAAUAUUUUGUUUCGUGCUUGUUCACCCUUUUUGUAUCCAUAUAAUCUACAGAUGUAUCGAAACUAAAGCGAAAUUGAAAUUGUC